UUCCGGUACCUCGCCCCAUCCGCUCGGUGUGGCGUUGCCAUGAACAAAGGCUUCGCCCGGAAGAGCCACGUAUUCCUGCCAAAGAUUUUUAAGAAAAUGUCCUCCCAGCCCAAAGAGCGCCCUGAGAAUUUGCAGUUCCCCUUUCUGGAUGAUGAUGAAACGAUUACCACCAUUCAGGAAUCAAAAACCUUUUUUGUUCUCCGAGGUCUACCGGGCAGUGGAAAAUCUACCUUGGCGCAGGCCAUCCAAGACAAGUAUAAGGAUGCUUGCAAAGUCAUUUCGGUUGACCGCUACAAAAUCCAGCCUGCUAUCCGGAGUGCCAUUCCUGAUGAAUACAGCAAGGUUGAUGAGGAUCUAGCUGACUAUUGCAAGCGUGACAUCAGUGUGAUGGUGGUAGAUGACACCCACCAUGAACGGGAGCGAUUAGAGCAGCUUUUUGACAUGGCAGACAAAUAUCGCUACAAAGUCAUCAUUGUGGAACCCAAAACUUCAUGGAAAAUGGAUUGCUUGCAGCUGAAGGAUAAGAAUCAAUGGAAACUUUCAGCUGAUGAGCUAAAGAAAUUGAAGCCCAGUUUAGAAAAGGACUUCCUUCCCUUGUAUUAUGGAUGGUUUUUAAGUAAAAGGAGCUCAGAGCAUUUGCGGAAGACAGGGCAGGCAUUUUUGGAUGAGCUUGCUAAUAUUAAGGCCUUCAAAAAAGAGUCAAAUAAAUACUUUGGGCAACCCCCUGAAGAACCCAAACUGAAAAUUGAUCUGACCAGCUACUUUGUGAAAAGGCCUCCAGGGGUUUUGCAUUCCACAACUAAAUUCACUGACUUUGGGAAGGCUCCAGGAGCAGACGAUUAUGCACAGCAAGAUAUUGUGAAGACCUCUUAUGGAAAAUCUUUUUUCCUAACCAUAUCUGCUCUAUUCAUCACCCCAAGAACUGCUGGUGCCCGUGUGGAAAUGAGCGAACAGCAAAUGCUUCUGUGGCCCGGGGAUGUGGAUGUGCUACAGCCAGCAGUCAGCCUCCCAAAAGGCAGCCGAGCCCAUAUCACUCUGGGCUGUGCCAGUGGGGUAGAAGCUGUCCAAACUGGCCUUGACCUUCUUGAAUUUGCAAAACUGGAAAAGGCAGGGAACAAAGGCGAGGAGAUUGGGGAGAUUGGUGGUGGGAAACUUUUCUCCUUUGGGAAUGGCAUGUGGAUGCUUUUGCUUUCAAAAAAGAUUGAGGUGAGGGCCAUUUUUGGUGGAUACUAUGGAAAGGGAAAACUGGUGCCAACUCAAGGAGGCAGUAAACGAGGAUCACCCUUUAAUUCCUGUAUCAUCAUCUAAGGGCUCUUGUGGCAUCUGCAUCCUUGUUUUUGCAUGAUAUAACGUGUAACAUUUUGUAAACUCCUCUCCAUUACAACACAAAUGGUAGUAUCCUACGACUAAAGCAAUUUCUUAAUUUUAGUGAUGUCCUUUUUUAAGGAAUAUUUCUUGACCUUCAGAGGCCUGGAUUCCUCAAAUGGAAAACAGCACUUUUUUAUACCUUUCAAAUUAAUACAACUGAAUCUAUUCCAGCCUUUUGAAGUUUACUUUUCUUAGUAUAGAGAAAUAGCCUUUCCAAGUUUGCCAGAACUGGG